AUGUCUUAGAGCUCAGAUAAAAGAAUGUGCAAAACUCAUAAUUUAUAGAUCAUUGCCACCAAUCUUAAGGAGUCUUGUGACGAGGAAAGUAGACAUUUAUGUGGGUAAUGCCUAACAUUAAGAACUAUGGAAUAGACCAUCCAUAUAAAUGAGGUGGCCUAAAAUUACUUAAAUGAAAUUAAAACAGAGUACUAUUAACAAAAGAGUAAAAAUAUUGAAUAGGCAUAAAAUAUACUAAGCUAACUCUAAGUUUGCAUUGAUGAGCUCAAAAGAAGUUUGUUGUAGAUUUGUGAAAAAGUCUCUCAAUAAAUCACUCAAGAGAUAGAGAGAUUAUCAUCUCUUAUGGAGAAAUUAGAUUAGACUGUUUAAUCUAUAGAUGUUUAUAAUUUUGAUGAAUUAUUUACCAAACUCUCAAAAAGAAGAUUUAGAAAAUUCAUAGUUUUCAUUCAGAAACAUCUUAAAAUCUCAGAUAGAACAAAUUUAGAAUAACUAAAAAAUCGAAGAAUUUCUUCAAUAACUUAAUUCAAUAGAAUUUUAAACAAGUCAAAUGGAAAUCUUUUAAACUCAAUAAUGCUCGUAGAAUUAAGAAGAACAUUAGAUUGUAAAGAUUAUAAUGAUAAUAAAUAGGACACUCCAGGACUUAAGGUAGUAUGCCAAACUCACAAUAAAGAAGUAAUAGCCUUUGAUCUUGAUCCUGAGAGAGCUAAGGAAAAUCGGUUAGCUUGUAUUUACUGUAUUGAAGAAAACUCAAUAAAAUAUCAUUCGUUGACAAAAGUGUAGAAACAGUGGAAUUAAUUGGAAGAAAUAAAGAAAAAGAAAUUGGAGGCAUUGCAACAAAAAAAUUAUGAGAAUGAAUAAGUUAUAUUGUAAUAAUUAACCACUUUUACUGAUAUAUUGCAAUAGAAGAAAAAUGAAAUUAUUGAUUAUCUAAAGGAGCAUAAUUCAAAUUUAAAUAACAUAAUUAAUUCAGCAUUUUAGGGAUAGAAUUAAAAUUGGCAGAAUUUUUAAAAGAAAACUCUUCUUGAUAUAGCUGAAACUUUAUCUAACACUUAAUUAACUGAUUAGAUUUAGUUUAAGUAAGAAAAUUAAAUAUUGGAAUAGGAAUAGUAAUUAAAUAAAAACAUUUAUAAUUCUCUUUAGAAGGUUAAAGAAACUUGUGCGACAUCAUUCCAAAAAAUAUCUGAAAAGAUUUGUAAUGAUUAGGAAUAAGUCUUUUAUCAUUCUAUGAUAUAACAGUAGAGAGAACCUUAAAUGAUAUCAAAAGUGGUCGAAUUAAAUUUGUAGAUUCCAUAAGAAACGAAAUAUCAAGAGAUAAAAUAAACAUAAACAGAUUCAGUAUCGUAAGGGCAAGCAAAGAUUAAUUAUUUAAUGUUACAAAACCCUCCAAUAAGGCAAGUUGAUAAUUUUAGGUCAUUAUGCUUUACAAAAGAGAAUGAUAUAUUAAUAGCAGGAUGCAAUAAAUCAAUAUAACUAUACAAAUUUAUUUGGGGGUAAUUGGAACUUAUUUAAUCGCUAGAUAAGCACGAUUCAAAUAUUUGUUCAAUUUAUGCUAUGAAGAAAAGUAAAUCAUUUGUUUCAGGGGAUUUUAAUGGGAAGGUAAUCUUUUGGGUUUUUGAAGACAAUAAGUUAAAAUUCUAAGCUGAAUUAAAGGAACAUACAGAUUACGUUAAUUAGAUAUUGAUGAAUAAGGAUGAGAAUGAAAUGAUCACAUGUAGUGAUGAUAAGUGUAUUAAAUUUUAUACCAAAGAAUAAUAAUAAUGGAGAUGCGUAUAGACUAUAAAGAAUCAUCAGAGUAACGUAAAUGCAAUAUCAUUGAAUGCAUUAGAAAAUACUUUGAUUUCAUGUGGAUUUGAUAGCCUAAUUUCAGUGUUAAUUAAAGAUCCGCUUUUAAGAGAAUGGUAAGUAAAGUAAACAAUUAAGAAUGAGCAAUAUGGUUAUAGGAUUUGUUUCAUUAAGAAUAACCAUUUCUUUUUUUAACCUCAGGGAUAAUCGAAAAUAUAGCUAUUUAAAAAAUCUAGUGUGAGUGGUGAAUUUGAGAAGAUGAAUGAGUUUGAUGUGACUAAAAUAUAGAGUAGUUGUUGUAGAUGGUUCUAAAUGGAAUAUAAGGAAUAAAGCAAGUUGUUAUUAUGUAAGAAUGGAAAUUGUGUUAAUUUAUUUAAAGUUUAGGAUGAUUAUUCACUAAAGGCUGAAUAAACAAUCACAUUCGAAACUUAGAGUAUUUAUGGAGCAAUAACAAGUGAUUCUUUGUAUCUAAUUUUAUGGGAUGAGAAAUCUAAGCAAUUUUAAAUUAGAAAAUAGUACGAUGAAUGA